CUCAUAUCCAACAUUUGUGUUCAAAAUAUAAAACACAUCCCACACCACACUUAAAUAUGAUGAAGCAACAGUAUCAGCCUCUCUUCUCACUCACACUCCUAGUCAUCUUCCUCUCCCAUUGCACCAAAACCCUAGGCCAAGGCCCUGCUGUUGCCCCGGCAACCACCAGCCCGGCGGCCGUUCCGGCACCACCAGCCGAUGCCCCAGCGCCACCAGGCCCAACCAACAUCACCAAAAUCCUUGAAAAGGCAGGAGGCUUCAACAUCUUAAUCCGCCUUCUAAAAAGCACCCAAAUCGAUAGCCAGCUCUAUAGCCAGCUCAACAACUCCAACAGUGAACUGACACUUUUAGCCCCGCCCGACAGCGCCUUCUCAAACCUCAAAACUGGCUCCCUCAACUCGCUCACUGAUUCACAAAAAGUCGAGCUCUUGCAAUACCAUCUCAUCCCAGAUUUUCUCACGACCCAAAACUUCCAAACUCUGAGCAAUCCGGUGAGUACCCAAGCCGGAGACGCAUUCGAGUACCCGCUAAAUAUCACCACAUCAGGCAAUGCUGUGAACAUUUCAACUGGCCUUGUCAACACUUCAAUCUCAGGCACUGUCUACUCUGAUGGUCAGUUGGCUGUUUACCAAGUUGACAGUGUGCUCCAACCCUACGGUAUUUUUGCUCCCAAGACUCCGCCACCGUCACUGGCACCCGCUCCUGCAGAAGAGAAGCACAAGAAGAAGUCUUCAUCUCAUGAACCUGUUGCUGAAGUGAAGUCUGGUGCUGUGCCUACACCGAAUAUCCCCAAGAUUAAUGGCAUUGUCUCUAUUGGAGUUGCAUUAGCUGCUGCAGCUAUAAGCUUUUUGUGACGAAACUGUUUUGUGCCCACUGCCGUUGAAUAAUUCUUAUACAAGCGAUAUUGCAGGUGGGGAUUCGAAUUCGGAUUGAAUAUGAAGGAUAAUGAUGAACACGUAAGGUGAGGGGUUUGGAAUAAUGUUGUGUCUGGUAGACUUAUUACCAUUUUUAUGCAUGCCAGUUUGUGAUCAUAUAUGAGAGCAAUGCCUUGUAAUUAAUGGAUUUUAUGGGGUUCUUGUUCGUAAUUUGCUUGUUCUUUUGUACUGUAUUUGUUGAUAAUUUUGUUUUGUUCUAUUGUUAUGCUAGCUUCAUUGUAAAUUCAACAAGAAAAUUUGUGUUUUCAUCA